AAGGAGAAGAGGUAGAAAAUUCAGAGGAAGAAGCACAUGACCAAUCAGAGCAAGAAGAAUCAGAGGGAGAUUUAGAGGUAACUAUAUUUUGAAAUGAAUUCUUGUUACACCUGGACAACUUGGACAACUGUAUAGAAUAGUUAGCUUUACAUAAGUAGGCAAUAUCCGGACAACUAGGACAACUGUAUAUAACAUCUAGCGAACAGGGACAACUUGGUUUUUCGUAAUUAGGUGCGUAUGGACAACUAGGACAACAGGGACAACUAAGUUUGAAGUAAUUUGGUGCAUAUGGACAACUGGGACAACUGUGUUUUACGUGAUUAGGUGCAUAUGGACAACUUGGACAACUGGGACAACUAAGUCUGAUAGGAUUGCGUUUCUUGUUUAUUUUUCAGGAUGCCGAUGAUGAUGGGCAACCGAUGGUGCCUGAGAGGCUUUACUUCGAGCCAACCGAGUACAGCCAAGGUUGUAGGAUAUUGACAAGGUGCUCAGUUAGGAAAGUUGUGGACAAGAUUGAUGAACUUGCUGAGGAGAAAGCAUGGUUCAGAGCGCAUCCUCAAUUUAAGCACAUUUUUCACAUGUUCAAGGAGCCCAACCACAUGAAUCAAGGAUUGUGGAUGCUUCUCCUUCACACUGCUCAUACGGAAAGGCUUAGCGAGUGCUGGUUUGUUGUUAACGGAGUCCCAAUUAGGUAUUCUAUAGGAGAGCAUGCGCUUUUGAGUGGACUUGACUGUCGUGAUUACCCGGCUAACUACAAGGAAUUGGGGAACACGAAGUUUGUUGAGAAGAACUUUGGUAGGAAGGAUAAAGUAAAGAUUUUGGAAGUGGAAGCUAAAUUAAAAGAAAUGAAGGAGAGCUCUGUGGAUAGGAAGAAAAUGGCACUCCUCUGGUUUUUAUGCAAGGUAUUGAAGGCGCAAUACAAGGGUGAUGGUAACAUUGAUCCUUUCCUUCUCCGAGUUGUCAGCGAUUUGAACGUGUGUAAAACGUUCCCUUGGGGGCGUUACACAUUUGAUAUCAUGAUGAAGGAGAUCAGGCGUGUGAUGGCGAAGUUUGAUGGCAGCAUGAAAGACAAAAAAGCUGAAUGUCCUCUUUCUGGUUUCAUUCUACCUCUACAGAUACUUGCUUUUGAGUGUAUUCCUAGCCUUGGCCGCAAAUUCCGAGAAGCUGUACCUGCCCUCGAAGACUGUCCAAGGAUGUGCAAGCACAAGUUCACUGAAGUUUGCAUGAAAGGCAUUCCGUUGGAUGAUAUAAAUGCGGCAAUCGGAACAAGUGCAAAGGAUAUUCAUAGCAUCUUGAAGCCUGAAAACUUGGGUGAAGAAAGACUUUUGCGUCGGAUAUUAGAUCCUGGCUAUGAUGAUGGGAUAGGGGUCAUUGAUGUGGGUGUUGAGAGUUGGAUGGAUCAUCUCACGGUGAAGAAGAAGAAGAUCUUCUGGAGAUCUUUGUAUGAGUUAGACAUUCGACAUCGAGGUGGAUUCACUUCCGAGGCUCCUCAAGUAUCUGAACCUGAGACGACAUCAAUCCUGGAGCUUAAGGGUUUAGUGGGUCUGUUAGAGAAAAGGGUUGCGACCCUCGAACAGCUAGUGCUUCCCCGCCCAUCAUCUCCACCACCCGCCUCCUCACCAGUCUCCUCUGGUCGACCCGCAGUGGCCCCCCCUCGAAGCGCACCGGCAUCAGUUUCAUCUCCUCGGACCGCAGGAGGAGGGACCCCUCCAAGCGCAACGGCACCUCCAAGCGCACCGGCACCUCCAAGCGCACCGACACCUCCAAGCGCACCGGCACCUCCACCAGAAUCCUCCUUCUCGUUGUUGGAUCGUGUGGAGGUGUUGCAUCGUGAUGUAUGGCGCCAAGGAAUAGUGAGGGUGGUUUUAGCCAACAACCGGUACAAGAUCAAGAUCGUUGACUCGUCGGAGGAAUUAGAAUGCAUGUACUGGGAUGUUCGGGCAUCAUCCGCACCACCACCAUCCACAUCAUCAUCAAAAGGCGCAUCCUCAUCCAUAGGCGGUAGAGCAUCCUCAUCCAAAGGCGGUAGAGCUGGAACUAAGAGGCCCCGGAAGACAUCGAAGUACAAGCAGUCGCCUUUUGUCUCUGGGGGGAAGACCAAAAAAGCGAAGAAGUAG